AUGCCCCAUCAACGCGUCUCCCACGCGACGCUUCUGCUCGCGCUCCUCGUGCUGCACUUCUCUCCGUUCUCGAUCAAAGCUGAGACGGUCGCAGCCAGCACGAAGAAAAGUGUCGAGGUGCAGUUCCCGCACGUGUCAGACGCCAUUCUAGAGCAACUCGGGUACCAAAGAACGAAUCGCUACUCGUCCUCGGCCUUCAAAGUGUCGCCCCGCAAACCUGCGCCAGCAUUCCACAACGUGAACGCUGUGGUCAACGAGAAGUUUGAAAAGGUGUCACUGAGUGACUACCAGGGCAAGUGGCUGAUCCUCUUUUUCUACCCGUUCGACUUUACCUUUGUGUGCCCAACUGAGAUCGUGAGCUUUAGCGACAGCGCCGACCAGUUCCGCAGCAUCAAUGCUGAAGUCGUGGCGAUCUCCACGGACUCGCACCACACGCACUUGGCCUGGACCAGGACGCCACGUCACGAAGGCGGGCUGGGCAAGAUGAACAUCCCGCUCGUUGCCGACAUCAGCAAGCGCAUCUCGGAGGACUAUGGCGUGCUAGUGAUUGACGAGGAGGACGAGAUGUACGGUGCGGCUCUCCGUGGCCUCUUCAUCAUUGACCCCGAAGGUAUCAUCCGUUCCAUUCAGAUCAACGAUGACGCGGUCGGACGCAGUGUCGACGAGACGCUGCGUCUGCUCAAGGCGUUUCAGUAUUCGGCGUCGCACCCCGACGAAGUGUGCCCUGCCAACUGGAAGCCUGGCGACGAGACCAUCAAGACCAAUCACGAGGAGAAGAUGGACUUUUUCCAGCACGUGUACGGCGACAAGUAA